AUGUCAGGUGCUGAAAGUCAAAGGGAGAACCAGUUCAGUUACAGAUUACAACUGUGGAAUUUGAGGAAGAAUUGGACAGUUCCAUCCAGGGCGCCGAGGCGGAAAGAGCCACAAGGCGAAGCUACUGACUUCUCUGUAGCUGUCAGAGAACUCCAGUCAGGUGCGAUCGAUCGGGAUACCAGACGUUGUGAGGCUACUGCGCAGGCAGUCAACGCCAAUGUCUCACCUCCGCUACCAGGAGAUACCUUGAUACGAACGCCAUCGCCCCGGUCAAGGCAGAGAGUUCCCCAGGCAGCGAAUCCUCAUGGUGGAAAUUGCUCGAUUGAAACCUCGGCACGUAUCAUACCAGCUCUCACUUACGACCUUCCCACCACUCCCUUCGAGCCAACUUAUCGAGCGGAAACCCCUUCUUUGCCUGAGCAUCCGCCGCCCGGGGCUGUGAGGACGUGGCUCUUUGAUGAUGAUGACAGAGUACAGACCUGUCAAGCUCGCCAUACACCACGAGCAAGCAAUGCACCGCCUGUUCCAAAGGCUACGGCGGACGCGGCCCGUCAUUCUCAUCCAUCUCUACAGCGACCUAGGAUGACCAGCUUGCUACAGUGUUCCUAUCCUCUUGCAGUAUUGAUGUCACAGCGUCAUCUGAGACGCCACUCGCCUCCAGGGGGGCGGCUUGAGCUUACAGGCACCCCGGACCCCGACGUGCUCUCGAAAGUGGUAGAUCUCCUCGGCUGGCUACAAUUGUCGCCGGAAGUCGUUGAAAUGGGGACUUCACAUUUUUCUUACCUCCCAGUGCGAUUUACAUUUGCAUAUGGAUCAAGAGGCUGGACCGAACUCUUGGUUUGCCUCAAGUUUGCCCAUAUCGCCCUUUCUGACGAGGACUUAAUGGACUAUCGCUGGAAGGAUGUGUUCAGUUGGUGCGUUCCCAAUGACUCAUUCAGUGAUUUCUGCUUCCUAGAAUGUUCACUCCUUGUUGAAAGAUCUUUCUGCCUGUGGAAAUUUGAAGACCAAGCUAGAGCGUAUCGCGACCCCAGUCACGCAUCUGGAGACUCUAUCCUCGAUUCGAUGACCCCCACUUUUUCAGCAAUUACAGAGCUUCCGAACACGUUGCCAACGACUGAGACCUUACCACUGCCUGAGAACCUACCAACGGCCGCAACAAUGCCAAUGAUCGUGACCUUACCAACUAGUGAACAUAGAAUGUUGCCAGAGAAGUCGUGGGAAUUGCACAAACACGAGAUCUGCCAGUUAUACCUCACUCACACUCUCGACAAAGUAGCCCAGAUCAUGGAGGAGAGACAUGGAUUUCGAGCCAGCAUUCGAGGAUAUAGACGGAGGUUGGCUGCAUGGGGUUCAAAGCAAAGCGACGUGGAGGACUUUGCCGGAUCAAUUAGACUCUGGAAAAGGCCCCGGAGAGAUCGUUGA